AUGAAAGAGCAAAUUAACUUUUUUUCCAGCGUGGUGUCAAAGUUGUACCAGCAUGCUCUGGCCUUGGUGUUUGCUGUGAAUGAGAUCAAUGAGAAUCCAAACAUCUUGCCCAAUAUUACUAUUGGGUUCCACAUGUAUGACAGCUACUAUGAUGCGAGGAUGACAUAUCAUACUACUCUGGAUCUGCUCUUCAAAUCCCAUAGGUUUGUUCCUAACUAUACAUGUGACAACCAAAGAAGCCUAAUAGCUGUCAUUGGAAGCCUUGGUUCUGAAAUCUCCUUAUGCAUGUCAGAUGUAUUAGGCCUCUACAAGAUCCCACAGCUCACCUACAGCUCUUUUGCCCCGGAAGAGAAUGGAAAAGCACAGUUUCCAUACUUGUACCACACAGUCCCAAGUGAAUCUCAUCAGUACAGAGGGAUUAUCCAGUUACUUCAGCAUUUUCGAUGGACGUGGGUUGGGCUCUUUGUUGUUGAUGAUGACAGUGGAGAACAUUUUUUGCAAGUUAUGGAGCCAUUGCUUUCUCAGAAUGGAAUUUGUUCAGCCUUCACUGAAAGAAUCCUAAAGGAAGCUUUUUGGCGUACUGACACUGAGAUGGAUAAUAUGGGUGAAAACAUGUAUCUGCGUCUCACAGACAGCAAAGCCAGAACAUGUAUUGUCUAUGGUGAAAUGAUGACCAUUUUAUUGCUGAUUCUUAUAACAAAUUUUUUAUAUAAAGAAAUAUCCUUGGGAAAUGUGUGGAUUAUGACAGCCCAGAUUGAGUUUGCAUUCGCAAGCAUCCAAAUGGAUGCAAAUCUGCAAGCAUUCCAAGGUGCCAUUUCCUUCACAAUACACUCAAAUCACCUUCUAAAGUUCAAGGAAUUUCUUCAGAUGGUAAAGCCUUCCCGGACACAAGGAUAUGGUUUUCUCAAGGAUUUCUGGGAGCAAGCAUUUGACUGUACAUUUCUGAAUCUCCAGGAAAAGGAGGUCCACAGAAUAUGUACUGGGGAGGAGAAGCUAGAGAGCCUUCCUGGACCUUUGUUUGAAAUUGGUAUGACUGGUCACAGCUACAGCAUCUAUAAUGCUGUCUAUGCUGUGGCACAUGCUUUCCAUGCAAUGUAUUCAUCUCGAUCCAACCACAGAGUAAUAGUGGAAGGUAAAAUCCUCCAGUUUCAGGAUUUCAGGCCUUGGCAGCUCCAUUCAUAUUUUCAAGGCAUUUGGUUUAACAACUCAGUUGGAGAGACAGUGUCCUUUAAUCAUAACAGAGAAAUGGAAGAUGGAUUUGACAUCAUGAACAUGGUAACAUUCCCAAAUAACUCAUUCCUUAAAGUGAAAAUUGGAAGCAUUCAACACAAGGCUCUUACAGGAGAAUUCAUCAUUAAUGAUGAUCUAAUCGUGUGGCACAGAAAAUUUACUCAGAUUCCACCUGUUUCAUCGUGUAGUAACUCUUGCCAGCCUGGUUAUCAGAAGAAAAAGAAAGAAGGAGAAAAAUUUUGCUGCUACGAUUGUGUUCUAUGCCCUGAAGGAAAGAUUUCAAACCAAAAUGACAUGGAUGAUUGUUUCAUGUGCCCAGAAGAUCAAUAUCCAAGCAAGGACAGAGAUGUAUGUAUUCUGAAAGUUAUACACUUUCUAUCUUAUGAAGAACCAUUAGGGACAAGUUUAGCCUCAGCUGCAGUUUCUUUUUCCCUGAUCACUGUUUUAGCACUAGGAAUUUUUAUUAAGCACAAAAAUACCCCCAUUGUAAAAGCCAAUAACCAUGUCAUCACCUACACUCUUCUCAUCUCUCUCCUGCUCUGUUUUCUCUGUUCUUUCCUAUUUCUGGGGCAACCAAGGAAGCUAACUUGCUUUUUUCGACAAUCUACUUUUGGCAUCAUCUUCUCAGUGGCUGUUUCUUGUGUGUUGGCCAAAACCAUCACUGUGGUUCUAGCGUUCAUGGCUACCAAACCAGGGUACAGCAUGAGGAAAUGGCUGGGGAAAAGACUGACCAACUCCAUUGCGUUUUCCAGUUCCUUUGUUGAAGUAGUCAUUUGUACAGUGUGGCUAGCAACCACUCCUCCAUUCCCAGAUUUUGAUAUGCAUUCAUUGAUUGGAGAGAUAAUAGCAGAAUGUAAUGAAGGAUCUGUCAUUAUGUUUUAUAUUGUCCUGGGUUACAUGGGAAUUCUGUCCAUUAUAAGUUUCACUGUGGCUUUCCUAGCCAGAAAGUUACCAGAUAGUUUUAAUGAAGCCAAAUUUAUCACUUUCAGUAUGCUCAUGUUUUGCAGUGUGUGGUUGUCUUUUGUUCCAACCUACUUGAGCACCAAGGGGAAAUACAUGGUAGCUGUGGAAAUCUUCUCUAUCUUAGCUUCCAGUACUGGGUUAUUGGGUUGUAUCUUUUCCCCCAAAUGCUACAUUAUUUUGCUGAGGCCUGAACUGAACAUUAGGGAGCAGCUAGUAAGGAGAAAUAAGUAA